UGGACGGUGUUUGACGAUGUGAUUGGCUUUGUCUUUGUGUCUGGACUAAAAAGAGAAACAUAUGUAUUUAUCAUAUUUCGAUUGAAUCCAAGAAGAGAUAGAGGCAACAACUAAGAAGAAUUUCUAAAACAGCUUACUCGCACCAGUGGGGAAAUAAAGGCAUUCGCGCGCUGACGAAAGGUGAUGAGGGAUGCUACAUAAGGUUUGCAAAAGCUUCCUACGCACUUGUGUUGGUCGUACUUUCCCUGUCUUCAAAUUAUUGUCCGGAAGAACGAUGAGUUCAGAUAAUAUAGAAAAGCCAGCCCUGCACGGUGCAUUGAGCAAGGUUUCCUGGCUUAUUGGAAAGUGGGAAGGUGAAGGCUGUGGUGUUUAUCCAACAAUUUCUCCUUUCAUGUAUGGUGAAGAGAUCAUCUUUGAUCAUGUGGGACAGCCGAUGCUCUCUUACAGCUCCAGAACAUGGCAUCUGGAAAAAGGAGCUCCAAUGCACCAUGAAGUUGGAUUUCUUAAAGUCAAACCAGAAACAUCAUCACUUGCCUUCAUUAUAGCACAGAAUACAGGUCUUGCUGAAGUUGAGGAGGGUGAAGUUAAGGGACAUGAGAUUCAUCUUGUCUCUCACUCAGUUGGAAGAGCGAGUUUUGGUGCUGACCCAAAAGUCCAAAAGGUGGAGAGGAUCUUCAGACUAAAGGAUCCAGAUACGCUGGAAAUGGAGUGUUUCAUGGAAACAAGCAACACAAAACACCAAAAACAUCUGCACAUCACUUACAAGAAGGUCAUGAACUAAUAACUCGAGAAAUAAAGUCUUAGACUUAU